AUGCAAGCAGAGAGCAACGAGUCCAUGCAACUCGAUGAAAUUCAAGUCCUCCAUUCCAUGUAUUCGACAGAAGAGCUCCGAGCUCGGAAAGGAAUGGAUAGAUGCUGGUUAAUGACCAUUCCCAUGACUCGGUCUUGCCUCGGAGAGGAUCAAGAGCGUAGGAAUGAUGAUCAGGAUGAUAUUUUGGAUCCAUUGAUAUUUGAAUUUUGGUUUCAUACGAAUUAUCCAUCUUCAGCGCCUCCUUACUUUGAAAUUAAAGGUGGAAAAAAUUGGAUUUAUUUAUUAUUUCAUAGAUUUAAACGAGAGGAUUAUGAAUCGACAAAUUUGAUUAGCAAUUCACCUCAUGAAAUGAUUAACAAGAAUGAUGAUGAAACACUCAUAAUCAAGGAAUUUAUUCAACAAGAAUUGAAGAAUAUGUUUAUGAGUGGAAUGCCCAUUGCAUUCACAUGGAUUGAAUUUCUCAAAAACGAAUUAAUGAGUACAGUAUUAGAUUAUGACAAGAUUGAAGAACAUGUCAAGUCUACCACUGCAGUGACUCAACAAACAAGAGAAUUAACAAGUGGCCAUUCACAACAGAAAGGAAAUAAGAUCCUCUCAAAUAAUAAUUCUACUGAAACACAAAUUCCAAUCAUUCAUGGGGAACCAUUCACAGAGAAAAAAUCGAAAUUUAUUGGACAUGUGGCAACUGUCCAUUCCUUGCAACAAGUAACGGCCAUGCUCGAGCAAUUAAAGGAAGAUGACAAAAUAGCAAAUGCCACUCAUAACAUUUAUGCGUACAGAAUUCGACAGGGAGAUCAAAUUUUAGAGAAUCGAGAUGACGAUGGAGAGACAGGAGCAGCUGACCAAAUAUUAUAUCUCAUGCAAAUAUCCAAUGCAGAGAAUGUGUGUUGUGUCGUGACUCGAUGGUAUGGAGGAAUUAAGCUUGGAAAUGAUCGAUUACGAAUCAUCACAGGUGUUGCUAAGAAAGUUUUGCAAGACAAUGGAUAUAUUGCUUCAAGAAAAUGA